AUGAUCACGGGCUCGGCGGUGUACCAAGUGGUGGAGGCGAUGGCGCCGCUGUACACGGCGGCGGCGCUGGGCUACGCGUCGGUGCGGUGGCUCAAGGCCUUCUCCGAGGAGCAGUGCGCGGGGAUCAACCGCUUCGUCGCCACCUACGCCAUGCCGGCGCUCAUCUUCGACAUGGUCUCCACCAACGAUCCCUACGCCAUGAACGGCCGCCUCGUGGCCGCCGACACGCUGCAGAAAGGGGUCAUGCUGCUCGGCCUCGUGGCGUGGGCGGCGUGGUCAUCCCCCCGCCGCCGCGACACAUCUGCCGGCAACGGCAAGGUUGCGGCCUCGCCGCUGCAGUGGGUGGUCACCGCCUUCUCCAUGGCGCAGCUGCCCAGCACCAUCGUCAUGGGCGUGCCGCUCCUCGGCGCCCUGUACGGACCCACGUCCAAGGACCUCAUGAAACAGAUCGUCGUGAUGCAGCUCUGCGUCUGGUACAACGUCGUCAUCUUCAUGUACGAGUACAUGGCGGCGAAGGAUGGCAGCACCAAGGUCGGCCCCGCCCCAGCGUCGCCGGAGAACGUUGAAAGCACGGAGGUCCAGGCGGCACAACAAGGCAUGGCCGCGGCCAGCCAGACAACGUCGACCGCGGUCGUGGGAGAGGCGAGUCCGACUCAUGGUGCAAAUGCCGAGGUCGCGGAGGCAGAGGAUGUCGCGUUGCCGCCACCUCCAUCGAUGAGCCAUGUCGCUUUUGUGACAGGGAAAAAGGUUCUCAAGAUCCCAAACACAUAUGCUACCUUCCUUGGCCUCUUUUGGGCUCUAAUCGCAUUCAAGUGUAGAAUCAAGAUGCCGAAAAUCAUCGUUGACUCUUUGUUCACCAUACAGACAACAACAGUUGGCCUAAGCAUGUUUUCAUCAGGGACGUUCAUGGCGCGACAGCCACAGUUUAUUCCAUGCGGCUAUGUGAUCGCUUUGGUUUCAAUGAUCCUCAAGUUUCUGAUAGGCCCGAUGGCGAUGCUGCUCGCGUCAUUCGCUAUUGGCAUGAAGGGUACCCUAUUGCGCAUUGCAGUUAUACAGGCGGCACUCCCUUUGUCCGUGAUUUCAUUUGUGUAUGCUAAAGAGUACAAGGUCCAUGCAGAUAUCAUGAGCACUGGGGUAAUCCUCGGGAUAUUUAUCUUGCUUCCUGUCACCAUUGUGUACUACAUUCUAUUGGAGCUGUGA